UGCACAAAAAAGGACCAUCCAAACCUGACCGACAUCUACAGUAUAUUACUUUCAAGUUAUCCUAUCUAAAGUAGUUUGAAAUGUAAUGUAUUUGCCUUUAUCUUUGAUAUACCUUACAAAAGGCGGUCAUUUUACAUUACAGUAUUUGUGUGAUCUCUAGUGCAAAUUCGUUGUUCUUCUGUGGUAGUUUGUUUGCAAUAUUUCGCAUGUAGCUGACGGGAAGUGAAAAUGUUAUAAUAUUUCUCCCUUUACGAUAUUUUCAUCAAUUAGCCAAGGAAAUACGUAUUUUUAACCACUGCGUUCCCCGUUUAAUGUUUUUGAAAAUCACGGUCGAUUAAUGUGAGAAAUGUACUUGCACCGGGGCUUUUUCUAGUAGUAAGCGUCCCACUGGAAGGUUCUGCUGUGAGUCUGAUAGGUGUUGCAUUUGUGGGGUGAGGUUUGUGAGGGGGCCCAAGGGGUACAACAGGAGGAAGGUCACAACGCUGACCAGCCCCAAAACCUUCCGGCUAGUCUUUGACAUCACUCCUGAUGACUCUUCCUUCCUCUGCUUGAUCUGUCUUGGCGUGCUCAGAAGGAAAACCAUGCAGAAUGGGAAGCUUUGGACAACCGAACACCAACCAAAAGUUGGCAGACCACGAAAGACUAGGGCCGAAAUACCAAGCUCAUCUACACCAUUAUCAAACCAAACUCCAAAUCAGAUUGAUUCCACAACAUUAUCCAAUCAAACUCCAAUUAUAACCAACCCAUCCUCAUUAUCCAAAGAAGAGUGCAUUGCUUCAAAAAAAAAAAAACGGAGGCCAGUUCGUCAGUGGGACGGGGAGAAAUGGACCACCAUGACUUCUCGUUCCCCAGAAUCCCAUUCAACAACCAUCACACGACCUCAAACGCCUAUAGCCCCAACCACACACUCCUCUUCAACACCAUCAAAUCAAGUAAAUUCCUCAACGUUAUCAAGUCAUACUUCAAAUCAGAUCAGUUCUCUGUUCUCCACUGGAGAGCGGAAAACAAAAAGCUGUCCGAAGGCGCCUCGAUCUACAACACACUCCACACUCCUGUCUCCGUUCCCCAUUGAAGAAGGUAUAAGGCCCAAGAAGAAGAAGCUCCCUGUCUCCAAGACUAAGCAGAGCUAUGGAUUCGGCCCCCAUGCCAAGGCCCUGUAUUACAUGCACAGCCACCAGCACCUGAAGGCCUUCAGGUCCCUGAUGAAGACCAAAGCUAGAGAAGCCAUGACCCUUUUCCUCGCCGAGGUCAUCGCCCAGGAGAGUAAGGUAUUGAUGAAGGACCAACGUGGGCCAUUGCGUCAGCCGCUGACUGAGGCGAGUGUGAGUGGGUUUUCCUGGGACGCGGUUCUAGCGUGGGGGGAUGAAAAGGCCCCUAUGACCCUGGCCUGUCUUAGGGCCAUGUUCCCCAAACCCAACACCAUCAGGACACAGGUUAUGAUGGGAGCGAGGAAAACAAAACGCCCGAGGACAGAAGAGGAGGCAGGGGAUGUGGUCAGCCAGAGGGCAGGGCUUAUCCUGGCCAUCGUCCUCUACACCUCCAUGCAGAAGUGUAACUUCAUCCAGGCCUCACUGGGGGUCGAGUUCUGGAAACAGGGCUGUCCUCUCAGCGUGUUAAAAGCCCUCAAUGCCCUGGGGCUGUGUCCCAGUGCGGCCUCCACCAGGAGACACGCAGAGAGCCUGACAACCGGCUUUGAUCCACCUCAGGAGGACCGGACAGAGGGGGUGGUGGUGGUGGAGGAGCCUGAGGACUCCUUUUGUCGAUCUGAGGAUGAGAAUCAGACUCUGAGUUGUUCUGAAGAGUAUUCCAGUUCCACCCCAACCCGCUCUCUGAACUGGUUCUCGGACCAAUCCCACUCCCCAGCACACUCCAUAGACAGGUCCUGGUCCGAUCUGAGUUCCAGACCUGACUCCCGAUCUCGCUCCAGGAAAGACGACUUCCAAGGCCCGACUCAGAGGCUUAUCUCCCGGGAGUACCAGAAUCUGAUCAAAGAACAUGGCUACCACAAAGUCCAAAAACCUACAUUGAGUCGAUGGACGAAGAACAGUGAGGACAAAAGGGAGGCAAAGGAAAAACCUGCUCAAAACCCCAAGAGAAGGAAUAUGACGAAAAAGAUACCUGCUCAAUCGCCUCAAGUAAUAAACGCAACAGGCGCUCACCAUUCAGACAUGGAGACUUCUCAAGUAAGUGAGGCAAACAUAGAAGUCAUUCAAAUGUCUCAAGUAGACAACACACACAUGGAACCCGUUCAACUCAGCGAUUCAAACAAGUACCGUGCUCAUAUCAAUGAGACAAAUGUAGAACUUGCUCAAAUGUCCGUAAUGAGCGAGACAAACAUGGAACUAAUGAAAAUGCCCAAAAGAGGCAGGCCAAGGAAGGAACUUGCUCAAGUAAGCAAAACAAACAUAGAACACACUCAAACUCCCCAAAUAACCGACACACACUUGGAACCUGCUCACAAGCUCAGAAGUCCAAGGAAGAAACCUGUCCAAACGCUCCAAGUAACUGACACACAAAACAAACCCAUUCAAGUAAGCAAUACAGACAUGAAACUUGCUGAGACAAACAAAGAGUAUGUUGUACAGGCCAAGAAUGGGAGGCCAAAGAAGGGAUUCGUUCAAAUUCCACAAUUAACCGACACUUGCAUGGAACCAAUUCCGCUAAGUGAGGUAAACGUGGACACCACUUUAAUGCUCGGAAGUAUGAGAUCAAGGAAGAGACCCAGACGAGUUACCCAAGUAUCCGGCACAGACCAAGAACAAACUAAAAUGGCCAAAAUAACCAAAACGAACAAGGAACCCUCCGAAACGCUUCAAAAAAUGGACACACACAUGAAACUUGCUGUAACAUCUAAAAGAGGGAGGACAAGGAAGGGACCAAUUGAAAAGUCCCAAGAAACCGACUUACACACCGGUUCAAUGCCUCAAGUUAGUAAACCAAAUCAGCAACGUGUCGAAGGACGUGAAAUAAAUAAGGAACCUGCUGAGCCAAAAAGACUCACUGGAAAGCGUAAAGUAAAUCGGACAAAGAAAGAACCUGCAAAGACACCUGAAGAACUAGCUCAAAUGGAAUUAAUUCCAAAGCGCAAAAGAGGCAGGCCAAGGAAAGAACUUGCUCAAGUAAGCAACACAAGCAAGGAAACCCCUUCAAUGCCCAAAAUAAACAACACCGGCAAAGAACCUGCUCUUACCCGGGAAAUAAAAAUUAUUGUCAAUAGAAUGGAAAGCUGUAGUGCUGCUGAAAUGCCCCAAAUACAUGAGAUGAACAAUCAACCUGUUCAAGUUAGUGAGGAAAACUUUGAACCUGUUCAAAGACCGAGAGGGAGGUCAAUGGAGGGACUCGUUCAAAUGCCCCAAGUAAGCGGCACGGACAUGGAACCUGGUAAGUUAGGCAGGAACAUCACUUCAACGCCAAAAACGACUGACAAAGAACCCGUUCAAAGGCCUAAAGGAAAAGAAACAAAUGCAGAACUUGCUCAAACGUCUCAGAUAAAGGAAAUGAUAAAGGAACACAUUCAAGUAACCAACACACAUAAGGAAACCGCUUCCGUGCCCAAAAUAAGCUGCACAGACAUGGAACUUGCUAAAAUGUACAAAAUGAGUGACUUUCAGACCCGGGUAAUAAGAAUAGUUGACACUAGGAUGAGGGCAAACAAAGAUUCUGUUUCAGUGCCUCAAGUACACCAGACAAACCAGGACCCUGAACCUGCUGCAACACCUGAAAUAAGCUACACAAACAAACAACCCAAGCGAGUGAGAAUAGUUGUUAACAGGAGGAUAGCAGCAGACAUCUGUAGUCCAACCCGGAAAGGCCUGGAGUGUCUGGCUGAAGUAGCUGCUAAAUGUACUCCAUUAGAUAUUAAAUCUGCUGAAGAGAAUGGCUAGAUAGGUAGAUGCGUGUUACUUCUCAAUAUAACAAACUUCACAACAUGAUGUCUCAGAAGGGAAAAAAAUUUAGUCAAAGGGUAUAACCCUAACCAGAGGGGAAUGGAGGGGUGGGGAAUAGUCUGCCCCUGUCUUCUUCUGGAUUACCGUUUUAAUGUAGUUGUAUGUACCAGGCCUUUGUCUUUGCAUUUGUAUGAGGUAGAGAUGGUCAUCCAUAUGUUGCUUUUUUUAUUUAGUAAAUAAAGAAAAUGGUUUAUAUAAAUGCUCUUUAUAUAAAUGAAUUCCUCACGUAUGUGAAUGAAAUGAAUUUUAACUUGAGAAUGUGUUAGAACGCCACUUUCUUCUCCAUUGUGUUUCUCAAAGAUCUUACUGAAAAACGCUGACAAUUGUCUUCUCCACCUUGUUCAUUUGAUAUGUACAUAAUCCCAGCAACCUUCUUUUGUGUUUUUGUCAUUGUGGAUUUAGUGUAUUUGUUAAUCUUAUCCCAUUUUGUAUUUAGUUGUUCGGACUGUACUUUUGUGGUUGUUGACAAUGUAUUAAACAUGUAUGUUUUGUACAAAGGGAAUUCCUGCACUCUUUGUAAAUCGCUCUGGAUAAGAGCAUCUGCUAAAUGAUGUAAAUGUAAAUGUCUUAGUAUCCAUGCUAAUUUCAGGGUAUUUGUUUUCAUUACACUUACGAAUGUCAUUUGACUAAAAACAGAGUGUAAAGCAAAACAGAUUUGCCCACUAAUCUUUCAACUAGAAAAUAAAUAGUUAGAAAACAACUACAGCGUUUUUAUUGACUCAGGGUUUUUCCUUUCAUACCGUUUUGCUGUAUACAUUUUGUUUAAACAUUUCAACUCUUGCAAUAAUAUCCUGUGGUAAUACUUGUGAUAAUUUUGUGUAUAUUACUGUUGUCUUAUGUAAAAACGUAGCUCACAGAAUAAAGUUUAAUUGU